AUGUCUGGGAUGAAUCAGGGCAGCAGCAACAGCAACAGCAACAGCAACAGCAACAGCAACAGCAGCAGAAACCGCAGCAGCAGCAACAACAGCAGCAGGAAGGAGGUAGAGGUCCAGACCCUUGCUGGUGAUGGUCCAACACAAGAUUGGAAGUUGCUGCCUCAGCAGCUACUGCAGCAGCAAGUAUUACCUCAGCAGCUGCUGCAGCAGCAGCUGCUGUCUGUAGAUUGGUGUGGGGAAGGACAGAAGAUAAAAGGAGAGCAACUAGUUGAGCUGCUGCGGUACCAGAACGAGCUGCUGCAGCAGCAGCUGCAGCAAGCAGAGGAUGCAGCAGCAGCAGCACGUCGUCUACAUGAGCAUCAAUUACAUGAUAUACGUGAAUCUGCUGCUGUUGCACUGCAGCGAGAAAAGGAAAGAUGUAAUGCAGAUCUACUGCAGCAGCAGCAGCAGCAUGCAGCAGCAGUACAGGCUAUGUGGCGGCAGCUAGACCUCCGUCUUCGUCAUAUAGAGGAUGAUAUGGCGGUAGAUAUAGAGGUACUCUCUGCUUCUUCUUGUCUUAGGCCUCAUACACCCAGUUCUGCUGCUGCUGCUGCUGCUGCUGCUGCUGUUGCUGCUGUUGCUGCAGGUGGUGGUGGUGGUAUAGCAGCAGCAACAGGGGAUAUUGCUGCUGCUGCUGCUGGGAGGGAGGAGGAAGGGAAGGGAGUAGGGGAGCAGCAGACAGCAGUUGCACGAGUAAAGAAAUUAGAGGCAUUAAUGGAGGAGAGAUUACGUUCUCGUGAUGCAGCAACAGCAGAGGUAAAGUUGCUGCUGCAGCAGCAGCAGCAGCAAAUAACUGAAUAUAGGAAAGAGAGCGAUAAAAGAUGGGAGGAAUGGAGACGUUGUGCUGAAUUACGCAGCAGUUUGCUGCAGUUGCUGGCAGCAGCAGAGAAAAGUCAAUCUGCUGCAGCAACAGCAGCAGCAGCAACAUCAACAGCAGCAGCAGCAGCAGCAACAGGAGAUACACUAACAGCAGCAAGACAGGCAAUGUAUGAACAGGUGCAUGCAUUAAUAAAUAAGAAUGGCUAUGAUAGACAAUUAGCAACAGCCAUGGAGCAGCAGCUGCUGUCUGCAUUAAUAGAGUGUCUAUGCAUGCAGCAGGCGCAGCAAGCGCAGCAUAGACAGGCACAACUCGAGUUCCUACGUGUAUCUCAUCAGCAGAAGCAACUAAAUAAUAAUAAUAAUAAUAAUAAUUAUAAGCAGCAGCAGCAGCAGCAACAGCAGCAGCAGCAGCAGCAGCAGCAGCAGCAGCAGCAGCCUAUGCAAAUAAUUCAUAAGGAAUUAUUUUUGGAGGAGAAAUUGCGAAGAAUUGAAAUUCGAAAUUUUCAACUUUUAAGAAGAAAUGAAUUCCUUAAAAAUAAAAUACAACACUUAGAAAAAUGGCAGCAGCAGCAGCAGCAGCAGCAGCAGCAGCAACAGCAACAGCAGCAGCAACAGCAGCAACAGCAACAGAAACAGAAACAGCAGGAUGGAGAAGGAGGAGAAGAUAGGGAUUGUUUAGUAGUUAGUAAUACACAUAUAUAUUAUAAGAAAGAUGAUCAUAUUGAUAAAGGGAAUGGACAGGGAGGAGAGGAUAUGCAGCAGCAGCAACAGCAGCAACAAUUGCAGCAGCAACAGCAAUUGCAGCAGCAACAGAGGAGGGAGCAGCUGGUAGCAUUAAUGGCAGAAGAAGAUACAAUAGAAGUAAUAGAUAGAGACUCUGAAUUGUUGCAUCUUCUUAAGAACCUGCAUAGACACCCCAAUUCUCCAUUUGGUGAUGCAGCAGCAGCAGCAGCAGAUGCAGCAACACGAGCAUCAUCAGCAGCAACAGAGGAAGCAGAUGAUUGCCUCUCCUUCUCUAUUUCUCCACAAGAUAGGAAAAGACUCCUCGAGCUAUUCUGGUUACUCCUAGGGGACUUCUAUAG